AUGUGGCCGUCGGGAGUGGGGAGCAGACAGCAGUGUCCGCGGGAGUCUGCGAUGCGCAGAGCGGCCAUCAGUGGCAACAUCCUCGCGCUGCCGCCUCACCAUGUGCCCACUGGACGCAGCGUCCGAGUUUUUAUCUGUGCCAACCCAGACGACACUGAGGCGGAGAGGAACGCACUGAAGGAGCACGUCUACCCCAAACUGAGAGACUUCUGCAGAGAGAACUAUGGCAUUGAGUUUCAGGUGGUGGACCUGUACUGGGGCGUGGAUCCGGAGGAGUGGGACAGUCCGGAGCUGCAGCGAAUCAGAAUGAAGCUCUUGGAGGAAUGUCUCAAGACGUCGGCCGGACCGUGUUUUGUGAGCCUGGUGGGGGAGAAAUACGGCAGCAUUCGGGUGCCGGGGGAGGUGGAAUCGGCAGAGUUUGAGAUGAUCCUGGACGCCGCGGUGGAGGCGGGCCUGGACACACACAUACUGGAGGAGUGGUACUGCCGUGACGAGAACUCAGUGCCACCCGCUUACUACCUCAAACCAAAAGCGCAAAUGCUCAAGAACUACCAGAACUCUAUGGAAUCAAGCAGUGUGACCAAAAGCAAGAACGACAAGGCCUGGAGGACCGUGUCAGAGGAGAUCAAGCGCAUCUUCCGGACAGCCGUGCUGCAGCUUCAGGAAAAAGGGACCAUGAAGAUCGUCCAGGCCAAGAAAUUCCUCUGCUCCGCUCUGGAGGACGAGCUCGACUUUGCCCUCGGAAAGCAAACCCCUGCCUUUCUCAGGAAAUGCGUCUGCUACAUCCGGAAGAUCUCCAACUUCGACCGCUUCGCCAAACUCCCCGAGAUGGCCAAGUACAUGGACAUCGUGGUCAGCAGCGACCGGAUCAUGCGCAACCAGGAAGCCUACGAGCGCCUUCUCAAAGUGCGAGACGAGUUCAUCCCCACCGUGGUCGCCGCCUCCAACCUCCGCGUCUACUCGUCCGUCACCCACUGCGACAUGAAGCUGGGGUACUCACAGGAAGUGGAGAGCAACUACGUAGAAGGCCUUUGUAAACAGUUCUACGAGGAUAUGGUGGAUAUAAUACAAGCCACGGUCCAGCAGAACUUCGACACGGAGACUGACGCUGUUUACGAUGAGAUUCUGCAGCAUCUGUCGCUCUGUAAAACCUACGCAGAGCUGUACGAGUAUCCGAGUGAGACGCUGGACUAUAUACAGGAGUAUCUGAUGCCGUCCAAAGGGAGCCGCAUGAGCCCUAUGGUGCUGUACGGCGGGCCCUGCACUGGGAAGACACUGCUGCUAGCUGAAGUCGCCAAACAGGCAUAUUCAUGGCUGCAGAAGGAGAUGGGCCCCGAGACAGAUCCAGUGGUGAUUGUUCGAUUCAUCGGCUCGUCACAAGCGUCCACAGACCUCCGGCCGCUGCUGCAGAAUAUCUGUGAACAGAUCGCCCUAAACUACCGCUGCCUGAUUCACUUUUUGCCUAACAAGAUCAAGGAGAUGAGAGAACUCUUCAUCAACCUUCUCGGGGAAUCCUCAUUUCAAAGACCAUUGGUUAUUCUGCUGGAUUCCCUGGAGCAAUUAUCAGACGCAGAUGAAGCCAGAAAACUGUGGUGGCUUCCCAUGCAUUUGCCUAGGACGGUCCGCAUUGUAGUAUCAACGUUGCCUAACAAACACGGCAUCCUACAAAAGCUUAGAAACCUCAUCCAUGACGACAGGAACUAUGUUGAACUGUUGCAGAGAGAUCGUAAAGUGUGUAGUCAAACAUUAAAGCAGCAGUUACUGAGGGUUAAGAGAAAAGUCACCUCAGGACAACAAAUUUAUGUCAAUGAGGCGCUGGCCAAGUGUACAUUACCCAUGUUUGUCAAUCUUAUCUACAGAGAAGUGGUCCACUGGCGCUCACACAAAGAUGUGGACGACCGCUCUCUCUGCUCCGCGGUGCAUGAAAGCAUUGAGCAGCUUUUCUACUCCGUGGAGAACAAAUUAGGCCAGAGGUUUGUCUUUAGAGCACUGGGCUAUAUCACCAUGGCCAAAGCAGGGUUAACUGAGGUUGAGCUAGAGGAUAUUCUGUCCCUAGAUAACAUAGUGCUUGGGGACGUUAUAGUGGCAACUUACCUCAAAAAUCCUUUGAGGAUUUCUUACGAUUUGGUGGCAAAGCUGAAGGAAGAGCUGGAGGGUUAUCUAGUGGAAAGACAAGUACGAAAUGUUACCCUAAUGGUCUGGGCCAACAGGCACCUGCAUCUUAUCGCUCAGAAGCUUUAUCUCAGUAAUGAGGAGGAUGUCCACCAAAUGCACAGUCUUUUAGCAGAGUAUUUUCUGGGGGCUUGGUCUGGGGGCAGAAAGAAAAUAUUUACUUAUGAUAACAACCACUUUACUUCUCUGAACAUAUCCCACCACAAAAACCCUCACCAUCAGCAGUCCCACGAGAAGACCUCCUCUGAUAAGUACUCUUACGACAGGCAGACGCCAGAGCAGCCCUGGGUCUUUCAGUGCAAUCUACUGGAGCCAGACAUCUUCUUUGUGAAUCAUAGGAAGAUGACAGAACUGGUCUUUCAUCUCACUCGCAGUGGGAGGACAGACGAUCUCAUGUUUGGUGUGAUCAUGAACUUCAGCUGGCUCUACACAAUGAUUAAGAUUGGUCAGUUUGACAAGGCCUUAACUGAUAUUGAUGUAGCAUACAGCUACUCCCAAGAAAAGGAACUCAAGUUCUUGGCCACUACUCUGCGCAGUAUCAAAGUAAAGGUCCUAAAGAACCCUGCAUCAUUGUCUGCGGAGCUCCAGCAAAGGCUCCUACCAGUCGUCACCUCUCUGCCUAAGCUCAGACACCUCCUUCUGGAGUGCGACAAAGAUGGUCCAAAGUACUGCUCUAUAGUGCCUCUACACUCCUCUAUGGACGUCACUUACAGUCCAGAAAGGCUGCCUCUCUGCUCUAGCUACAUGCAGAUAGUGGAGAUCCUGCCCACUCUAGCUCCUAACAUAGUCCUUGUAGCCUUGGAAGACGGCUCUGUUAGCACAUGGGACGUAGAGAGCAGACAGCUGCUGAGACAGAUCGACACAGCACGAUCUGUUGUUUUGGGGAUCCGGUUAACUACGGAUGAGAAGUACCUGGUUGUAGCAACAACCAAAAACACGCUGCUAAUCUAUGAUAAUCACAAAUCCUGCCUUUUAUCUGAGGUGGAGAUCAAAGGUUCAAAGCAUGGUGGUGUUGCUGGGAGUGUGGCCUUCAUCAAUGGUUUUACCUUGUCAACACAUCAUGCUCUGGCCUGGCUGGAGGCCAGUAAAGAUGUUAAUGUGAUCGACUUGCUCUACGGUUGGCCUCUUUACCAGUUCCACUGCUGGUAUGAGGUCACGUGUGUCCAGUGCUCACCUGAUGGAAUGUAUGCCUUCUGCGGACAAUACCUGAACACUGCAUCCAUAUUUCAUCUGGGGAAUGGGGACAAGCUGUCUACUAUAACCUCUGAGUUCUCUGGGGGCUUUGUUAAGUCAAUUCUGAUUCUAGACACCUUAAAUCAAAUGGUGAUGAUAGACAAUGAGGGCAGUUUGUCAGUCUGGAACACCAAAGAGAUAAUAAACCCUCGGCUAAUGGAGGAUUAUGAUUGCAGAGGAGAUGACAGUGAGGUUGUGGGCAUUGAAUUAUCGGAAGACCAGAAGUCCAUUCUUAUUUGCAAAGAUAGAAGCAUUGAAGUUCUAGACACCAAGCUUUGGAAAAUGGUAGAGAAGUUCAAAGCCAAGCGAACAGAGCGCUUUGUUGCUGCAGUGCUCUCUAAGAAUGGACAAAGUAUUGUAGCGUCCAUGGAAAACACAUCCUCCAUCUUUGUGUGGAGGAGAGACAGUGGACAAUGCAUGGCUAGCCUCAUCGAAAUCUCAGGGGCUAUUGUCAAACUUAUCAAAUCAACCCAUCACAAUCUGCUGCUUUCAGUUGCCAGCAGUGGAGUCCUGUCUGUUUGGGACAUUGACAUUAUCACAGCCAUGUCCAACAUUGACAAAACCGGCAAGAAAAUCCAGUCUCUGCAGCUGUCCAGCAGAGAGGACUAUGUCUUUACUAUGGACGGCUCAGAGGCUGUGCACAAAUGGAACUUCAGCACAGGCUUUAUCGAGACGGUGUUCAAGCACGAGGGCAUAGUGGAGAACUGUGUCCUAACCUCCUCAGGGGAUCUCAUGGUCUCGACCGACGACAAGUCCAGCCAAUACAUCUGGCAAACCACCACUGGUGAAAACAUAUUCCGCAUUAAUGGACAGAGGGUUUCUCAGCUUCUCAUCACUCACAAUGACCAGUUUGUGGUGUCUCUUUGUGACCAGAACGUUUCACGCGUCUGGAGGCUAGCUACCGGGCACAAAGUUUGCAACAUUUUAGUAACUCUUCAAAAGGCAUUAAUCACGACGGCGAACACGUUUCUGGUUGGAACUUCGAAAAACAAACUACUUGCGGUCAGCUUGUGGUCUGGCAGUGUAUCCAAAAAGUUCAUAUGCGAUGACGGGAUCACCAUUGUCAACUUCAAGCUCAUUCCCGACUGUCCCGACUGUGUGGUUUUCAUCACAUCAACAGAAACUGUAUUCAUCUGGAGCGUUGCAGAUGAAUCGAUUUGCAGACGAGUGCAGCUGCCAGCCAACUUCCUCAAAAAUCUUGAAGACUUUCAAAUUUCCCCAAAUGGCAAAGUUGGCAUUGUCUCAAAGGGUGAUGAAAACAUUAACGUUCUUGAUCUCCACAGCGGUAAGCUAAGACUUGUCCAUGCUGCCGGGAUGAUCUGGAAGCAGAAAUUGUCCCGAGAUGGGCGCUAUUUAGUGUAUGUGUGUUUUCGUAACUGUGAGGAGGACGAUGAAGCUGGAGUUGUGUCGAAUUUGAUCGUGAUGCGCCUCGCUGAUGAGCGAAGUGCCACACCUUCGCUUAGCUCUACAGGUGCCUACUCAGCUGGCCAAAUGGGGUGCCAGUGCUGCCGGAUGAUAAAAAGUUACAUCUAUGAUCCCUCUGUGGGGGUGGAUGGCAGAAAGUCUGACCAUGCGGGCAGCUCCCUGUAUCAGUCACACUACCCCUCAGGAGCGCCCCCUGGUGGAGACCCUCGCGGCGGUCACAACAAACACAAACAGGGAAUCCACAACCCCGGCUUCAGCAAGUCCAACGACGGCACGCUCAAACUGGAGGUGGACAAUAACCACGUGAACUACCGCCUGCAUUCUGCGCCCGCCAAAGAGCUGCACAGGCAGGCCAGCGCCCCACCUGCAGAGGGCGCUCUUUACAUCAUCCAACCUGACGCCCCAGGGCCCAGGUGGAUCAUGCAGGAUCAACCCAGCCAGGUGCCAGUCUACCCCCCAAUUCAGAACUAUGGCAAUCAAAUGGACUACAACGACAGAGAGGUGAGGAACGGCUGGAGCUCCGAGUGCAGGACGGAGAGCUUGUCCAUGGACGAGAUCGACGAGGGGGUAGGAGGGACCCCCGAGUACCCCUGCGACACCGGGGACGAGGGCAGCGUCCUGUCCGUAGACAUCCACACCAGCACCACCAGCCUCUCCUCCGCCGACACCAAGCACGACCACAAGGCUCCCAGGACGCCCGAGCUCUCCACGGUGGAGAGCGGCAUCCUGGUGAGCAAGAGCGAGGAUGAGGAGGAGGAGGAGGAGGUGGACAGCGUGACGGACUCCAUGGUGGACGAGGCUCUGGCUGCUCUGGAGGCUGCCACCGCCGGAGAGGAGUUUGAGUGA